AUGCCUCAUGCCCUUUCGAUGCCAGCGCCUGGCUUUCAGGCCAUAAUCCUUUGCGGGCCGGGAGUUUCGUUCGAUACCUUCACCUCCAAGCCAGAGGAAUCGCCAAAGGCACUUCUGCCGAUCGCGAAUCGACCCAUGGUCUGGUACCCCCUAGACUUCUGCUACCGCAUGGGAAUCACAAAGAUCCACCUAGUUGCACCUCCAGCAUCCGCCCCAGCAAUCCAAGCAGCGUUAAACACCAACCCACACCUCACAGCAUUACCUUCACCAAAGCCGGAUCUCAUUGCACCGGUAGACUUGGACCAGACCACCGGAACGGCACAGAUCUUCCGAUUGCCAGAGGUCCUUAAAGAGAUCAAGGGCGACUUCAUUGUCUUGCCUUGUGAUCUCGUCUGUGAAUUAGGCGGAGAGGCGCUUCUCGAGACAUGGAUGAUCAGGGAGGCAGGUCUAGGUGGCGCCACCGGCGGAGGAGAGGAGUUCAACGGACCGAAGAUGGCAAUAGGUGGUGAGAAGGGAGGAAGGAGAGGUGGACUGGGAGUCUGGUAUGAAACUAAGAUUGAAGUACCAAAGGGAGAACUGGGAGUAAAGGGAGAAGAAACCGAUUUCCUGGCUACGGCACCAAUCGAGCAAGGUCCAGUACCGCCUCACCAAAACUCACUGUUGCGCGAUACGUCGAAGGUCGUGUUGUCGUUUCCGACGGAUACGCUGAACGAUACCGUCGAGAUGAAGAACAUGCUGCCCAUACGACAAAGUUUGGUCGCCAAGCAUGGAAAUGUCCGGAUGCUCACGACGCACCGCGAUGCGCACAUCUACAUUUUCCCAGCUUGGGUCCUUGAUAUGAUCAACAAGAACGACGACAUGGACAACCUCAGUGAGGACGUCAUCGGCUGGUGGGCCAAGGCAAGCUGGCAGAGUGGCUUCGCUGAGAGGCUCGGGCUGCGCGAAAUCUUCCACGGCGAAGAGCCGAGUAACGACGAGGAAGCCCUCGAGAGGGACGAGGAGUCAAAGGAGGAUAUAGACAUUGCCGCUAUCAGUACUACAUCGGUAUCUAGAGUCGAGACUCUCAAGUCAAGCAUCACCAUCUCCGCCGCCGAGCAAAGCCCACAAACCGACGCCCAAGACAACAGCACCACCGAAGCUACUACCGAUCCACUGAUCGUACCGCCAUUCCUCGCAUACAUCCACAAAUCCCAACCCUACGGCACACCCGGCGCCCCUGUGAUUCGACGCGUGGACACAGCGCCGCUCCUGCUCAUGAUCUCGCUGCAACUUGCCAAGUUGGAGGCGACUGACCAAGUUGGCCGUCAAGACGCCUCACCGCUCGCUCACACAAGCAAAGUUGCAUAUCCGCAGGGUAUCGCAGGUCGCUGCACGGUGACUCGCCAGGACUGUCUUCUGGCCGACAACGUGACGGUCGAGGAGCGCUCGGCUGUCAAGGAGUGUGUUAUUGGCGCCAAUUGUCAGAUCGGGGAGGGCGCGAAGCUGUUCCGCUGUGUGUUGAUGGAGGGUGCCGUGGUAGGAAAGGGGUGUAAGAUCUCAGGAUCUAUUCUUGGACGUCGCUCAGUCGUGGGGAAUGAUUCAGUUCUGCAAGACUGCGAGGUGGAGGAUAACAUGAGGAUCGAGGCUAAAACCGAGGCAAAGAACGAGAAGUUCAGGAGUUCGGAAGGUCUCGAAGCCACGGAGGAGGAAAUGGCAGAUGCUUUUGCCGAUGAGAUCGACGAUGACGGCUUGAUGCAAGAAUAG